AUGACGAACGUCUCGGAUAAGAAGAACGAGGACUAUGUCGUCCGGAUGUCUGACCAGAAUGACUACCCGGGCCGUCCAAACCCGCUCAGAAGCUACCACGCGGGCUCGCCCUCCGCGGGCGCGUCGAAGAUCGACUUGUCUCGUGUUGAGAACAGCCCGCUUCUCGCCAUCCUUGCCUACUGCAUCGCGUCGAUCAGCAUGACUGUGGUCAACAAGUUCCUGGUAUCGGGAAGCGACUGGAACAUGAAUUUCUUGUACCUUGCCAUUCAGUCUGUGGUCUGCGUCAUUUGCAUCCGCGGCAUGUGGCUGUUCAACCUGCUACAGUUGGAGACGUUCUCGUGGAACAAGGCCAAGUCAUUCACGCCCAUCUCCGCCCUCCUUGUCGGCAUGAUCUACACUGGUGCCCAGGCUCUGCAGUUCCUCUCGGUGCCCGUCUACACGAUUUUCAAGAACUUGACCAUUAUCGUCAUUGCCUACGGCGAGCUGAUCCUGUUCGGCAACACCAUCACACCCCUGACCCUGGUGUCGUUCGGCCUCAUGGUUUUCAGCUCUGUCGUUGCCGCCUGGGCCGAUGUCCGUGCUGCUCUUGGCGGCGCACACCCGGCCGUGGCCAACGAGGCCGUCUCGACUCUCAACCUCGGCUACGCCUGGAUGGGUGCCAAUGUCUUUUGCUCCGCCACUUUCCUCAUCGGCAUGCGCAAGAUGAUCAAGAAGCUGGGCACCAAGGACAAGGACACCAUGCUCUACAACAACUUGAUGAGCGUUCCGAUUCUGCUUGUCUUCUCCUUAAUUGUUGAGGACUGGUCUGCCGAGAACCUGGCGCGCAACUUCCCGGAAGAGACCCGCACGAACCAGAUGAUUGGUAUCUUCUACUCGGGAUUCAUGGCUGUCGCGAUCUCGUACUGCUCUGCUUGGUGUGUUCGCGUUACGUCUUCGACCACGUAUUCGAUGGUCGGUGCUCUCAACAAGCUGCCCAUUGCGGUGAGCGGUCUCAUCUUCUUCGAUGCCCCAGUGACAGUGGGCAGCGUAUCGGCUAUUGCGAUAGGAUUCGUCAGCGGUCUCGUCUACGCCUGGGCCAAGAUCCGCCAAACCGCGGCAGAGGCUCUCAAGCUACCCACGACCAACCAACCCGUGAUGAGCGCGAGCUCCCAGAGUGCUAAGGAUGCUGCCAAUGCUUAA